AUGAUCCAGUUUAGGAGUGCUACAAGUGAUCCAAGAAGAUUAUGGGAUGAUGGCAUUAUACCUUACAAGUUAUCUGAAAAAUUUAAUUCAAAGCAAAAGGCCAUGAUUAAAGAGGCUAUAGCUGAUUUUAAAGAAAAAACUUGCAUUUCAUUCAUUCCUCACACCAAUGAGACCCAGUUUCUUGUCAUCAGAACAGGAAAAGGGUGUGGUGCUGUGCUAGGUAAAGUUCCUGGUGGAAGCAGCCAAAGUGUAAGUUUGGCGAGCGGUUGUUUUUCAAAAGGAAUUCUAUUGCACGAAUUAAUGCAUGCGUUAGGAUUCAUUCAUGAGCACAACAGACCAGACAGAGAUGAAUUUGUAAAGAUAGUCUACGCAAAUAUAAAAGAUGGUAAAAAGAGUCAAUUUACAAAACGCUCUUCGGAUGAUGUCCAAACUUUUAACACCAUUUAUGAUUACAAUUCAGUUAUGCAUUAUGGUGCUAACGUUUUUUCUAAAAACCGCAGUGAACCAACGAUUGUACCUUUAAAAAAGGGUAAAAAGAUAGGACAGAGAAGAGGAUUUAGUGACAUCGAUAUUUUAAAAAUAAAUAAACUCUACAAUUGCGAAGUGAAUGGGAAUGGAGUUAGUCUGAGACAAGAUGAGGAUGAUGAUGAUGAUGAGGACAUGGAACCAUUAGUGGAACAUCAAGUAUCAAAUGUGAACCUAAGACAAAACUUUGAUUUUGAAGAUCUCGGACCGAUAGUUAUUCAUGAACUGCCAGCUCCUAUUCAAGGAGUAAAUGGUAUUCCGAGCCAGGAUUAUGAAGAUUUGAGUCCCAUGGUAAUUCAUCAAACGAAAAGUUUUGUGAACUUCUUCAAACCCUUACUGGGGCUUUGGAAGCAGGUUUCUAUUCCCAAAAGCGAGUUUAAUGAAUUCUUUCUUCCAUCAUUGCAUAAGACCACGGUUUCCAAAGCAUCGCCAAGCAUUUUGUCCACACCAGAAAUAUUUAAAAACGCAAGUGAGAAAAGUAAUAGAUCAAACCCAUUCAAUCAUGGAUUGUUUUCAGCAAAUAAUCUUUCAGAGACUCUCGCUAAUGCGAAAAAAGUUACAACUCCAACUAUUUCUGUAGAGGUGAUCAAAAAUGAUCCUAAAGAUCAUUUCAUUACCCCGGAAGAAAAUGUUCAGGAAAUGAUAGUAAAAAAUGGAACUAGCCAUAUUGAAGAUGAUGUAACAAAAAGCAAAAUAAUUUCACAGAAUCCUUUUAUUCCAAUUCACUUGCCCAUGGAUAUAAUGGCCCUUCAUCAGAAAGUCACAAAACAUAUUCAUCCGGAAAUUCUAACAAAUAAAAUAAAAAAACCCGAAAAAAUAUUUAAUGAAGAAUCUGAAGCAUUUGCUCUUCAAAAUACAAGUACGAUUGAUGUCAGUCCUAUGACAAAUGCAUUUACCGUGAAUGAAGAAAACACGAUACAUUCCCCUUUACCAGAACGAAGCAAUAUAUUUGAAACAAUGUUUGAUGAAAUCAAUGGAGAAGGUGUAAGUGAUGCCACAACCGAAAAAGCUAUAUCACUUCCAACAAAUGAUGCCAGAGUAGAUUCAACAGACCAUAUUCAGGUUAUCACUGCAGCGGGGACUAUAGUAAGUACAUCAGGUGGGAACUCAGCAAUUGGAAUCGAUGGAUCUAUGGAAAUUUUAAAUGAUGGUAGGCUAGUAAUUCCCAUAGAUAUGACUAUGGCAGAUCGAACAGACGAUAGGAUACCAAUUUCAGAAAACGAUAAGACAGAAAUUACUAGACAACCUACUGUGUCAACAGUAAUCAAUGAAGAAAUCGAAAUUUUGACAACUGAGUCUUUGAAAAUAUUAAACGAUGUCUCCGUAGAAAUUAAUAACGACGGAGCAAGAGAAGCUAUAAUUGAAGAGAUUUUGGCUAUUCCAAUAGUCGUUCAUAUGGAAAUUCCAGAAAGUGAGACAAUAGAAAUUCUUACGAACCGGAAUAUGUUACCUUCAAUGGGUGAGAAAACAAUACCAAGUGAGGCUACUAUAGCACUUCCUACAGAAGGGAUCAUAGACAUUCCAACAGACAGCACACCAAUGCUUCAAGACGGGUUAAUGGAAGUUCUAGUUGAUAAGACUACGCUUAUUUUACUGGACGAUAAAAUGGAAAUUACAACAAAAGACUCUUUUACAAUACCAAAUAACAGUAUAGCAAUUUCAGGGAGAAAUGCAUUUCCAAUAGAUGGCGCCAUAAAAAGACCGAUAGAUGGCACCUUAAAAAAUCAAUUAGAUGGGGACAUAAAAAACCCUAUAGGUGGGAGUUUGGUAAUUCCAAUGGAAGUGCCUACGGCAAUUCCAGAUAAUGAAAACAAAGAAAUCCUUAUUAAUGAUACUGCGGUACCUUCCGUUGAUGUGGAAAUGUUAAUAUCGCAGGACAUGGUUACAGCAGUUACAGCGGAUAGGUCUAAGGCGGUUUUAGCAAGUGGAGGCCUACAGAUUUCAACAGACGAUGUUAUACCAGUACCAGAAGACAAGAGGGUAAAAAUUCUUGCUGAUAGGAUUGAGUUAAUUUCAUUAGACGAAAAAUUGGAAAUUACAACAAAUAGGCCUGUGACAAUACCAAAUAGUGAUGUUAUAGCGAUUCCUACAUUAGAGACUACGGAAAUUUCAGUAAGCGGCAGAAUGACACUUCCUAUAGAUGAACUCAGAGAAGUCCUAAUAGAUGGGAGAUUGGUAAUUCCUAUACAUGAUGGUUUAGAAAUUCUAGGAUCUUUUGCCAAUCGGUCUGAGUUACUCUCAGUCGAUGAAAAAAUGAUUUUACUAAAUGAUGCGGAUACAGCAGUUCAUACAGAUAAGAUCAUGGACAUUCCAGCAGACGGGAUUUUACCAAUACGAGGAGACGAGGUAACCGAAAUUUUAUCAGAAAAAUCUAUAUUAACUUCAUUCGAUGAAAAAAUUAAGAUUACUACAGAGGAAUUUUCGACAGCACCAAAUGUUGACAGUGUAGCAAUUUCUACAAAAGGUUCCAUGGAAAGUUCAAUCAAUGGAAGAAUGGCAUUCCCGGAAGAUGGAAUUUUGCCAACACGAGGAGACGAGGUAGCAGAAAUUUCAUCAGAAAAAUCUAUAUUAACUUCAUUCGAUGAAAAAAUUAAAAUUACUACAGAUGAAUUUUCGACAGCACCAAAUAUUGACAGUGUAGGAAUUUCUACAGAAGGCUCCAUGGCAAGCUCAAUCAAUGGAAGAAUGGCAUUCCCGAAAGACGGAAUUUUGCCAAUACGAGGAGACGAGGUAACAGAAAUUUUAUCUGAAAAAUCUAUAUUAACUUCAUCAGAUAAGAAAAUUAAAAUUACUACCGAUGAAUUUUCGACAGCACCAAAUAUUGACAGUGUAGCAAUUUCUACAAAAGGUUCCAUGGAAAGUUCAAUCAAUGGAAGAAUGGCAUUCCCGAAAGAUGGGAUUUUGCCAAUACGAGGAGACGAGGUAACAGAAAUUUUCUCCGAAAAUUCUAUAUUAACUUCAUUAGUUAAAAAAAUAAAAAUUACUACAGAUGAAUUUUCGACAGCACCAAAUAUUAACAAUGUAGCAAUUUCUACAGAAGGUUCCAUGGGAAGUUCAAGCAAUGGAAGAAAGGCAUUCCCGAAAGACGGAAGUACUCGAACUUUUACUGAGGAGACUGUUUUAACUUCAAUGGAAGAAGAAAAGGUUGAGACUACAACAAUUUCUACAGAUAGGACUGAAGUAACUCAAACACAGAGCAGUAUUGAAAUUUCGACAGGAAUUCUAACUCAAGGGAAAAGUACAACUCUAACAGAUGAGAAUAUAAUAACUAAGAGUGAUAAGAUCAUAAUGGUUCCAACAGAUAAAACCAAAGCAGAAACGGAAAAAAUUCAAACAUUAGUUUUCAGCGAUGAGACAAUGAAAUUUGCCACAGAUGCGACUAAGACACUUCAGUUGGAUAAACAUACGGUAAUUCCAGUGGAUGGGAUAGAAGUAUCUGUAAAAGAGAGAACAACGUCGAUGCCAGCGGAUGGGGAUGGAGUAAUUAAUAUAAAUGAGGCUACAACGAUGGCUACAGAUGGAAUUCGGAAAAAUUCUACUGCAAUCUUAGAGGAUGAGUCUAUAACUAAUCCAAAAGAUAGGGCGGUAAAAGUUAUAUCUGAUAAAACUUCAGAAAUUCCAAAAACCAAGAUUAUGUCUGCCAUUGCCGAUGUGAUAGCAGAAAAUAAAGUGACAGAGAAAAUUCUUAAACAAGACAAUACUGGAACCGUGGCAGAGGUAAUGCCUACCGAAGAAAUAUCAGUUGAUGCAAAUGUACCUAACAUAGUAUCUUCUAAACAAACUGCAACGCAAGCCAUUAUGGCAAAAGUAACAUUUGGUCCCAACAAUUUAGCGAAUGAAGUUACCAUACAAGAUUUAAACAAACUAAUAGAGAGGGAUGAAAUAAGUAUUGACAAAAGAUCAACUUUAGCUAGUAUCAGAACUAAUUUCACAACCAAUAGCAAUGAGGCGCUGCAUAUCUCUCCAUUUUCAAGCAAUGAAAAAACUACUGAAGCAAUGUUGCUACAUGAUAUUGAUAUUGAAAGGCUUGAAGAAAAGGAAGUCAUGCUUCCAGCAAACAGUCAUUUAUCACAGUUCGUGAGAGAAAUAGAUAUAAACGAUGAAAGUGUUACUGUAAAAGAUAUAAAUCUUGAUGUUUCACACAUCAUCGGCAACCAUGCUAAACGUUUUCACCGUCUCUCUAUAAUUCAAGCUUUUGAACUGAGAACUGCUGUAAGUGAUCCUAGAAAACUUUGGAAUGAAGGAAUUAUUCCUUUCGUCUUAUCUGAGAAGUAUGUUAUUGAGCAAAAAGAAGAUAUCUUGGCAGCAAUGAAGGAAUUUGAUGAAAGAACAUGUGUUAAGUUUAUUCCAAGAAAAAUGGAAAAUUCAUACCUUUUGAUUGAACCUGAAGACAGGUGUGUUGCUACAAUAGGUUUUAAAAUUGAGAAAUCGAAUAAGAUGCCAUUGAAUGAAGACUGUUAUACCAAAGGGAAUAUUCUACAUGAACUAAUGCUUUUAUUAGGAUUUGUGCACGAACAAAAUCGACCUGAUCGAGACCAAUAUGUCAUCAUUGUCUGGGACAACAUUAUACCAGGUUUUAGACAAAAUUUUUGGAAGUACUCAUGGUCAGAAGUUCUGAGUUUCAAUCUAAGCUAUGAUUACGAUUCGAUCAUGCAUUAUGGUGCGUAUGAGUUUGCAAUCGAUGUGAAAAAGCCUGCCAUUAUUGCUUUAAAACCUGGUAUCAAGCUAGGUCAGAGGGACGGUUUUAGCAAGAAGGAUAUAAUAAAGAUAAAUAAGUUGUAUCACUGUGAAAACUUAACACCGCAACCUGAAGUGCAGAAGACUGGGAGUUUAUCAACAUUAAUUGAAAAUUUUAAGAAGACUUUUAUGAACUUGUUAUCAGGGUUUCUGAAAAAAAUAAGGCAAACAUUUCGUAGUUUAAGGUCACUCUGAGACGAUAAUUACUCAUUAAAAUAUUUGCUUUAAUGUUGAAAAGUCGUUGAGAAAAACGACGAUUUUGUUUGAAUUUCUUGAAAAGCUAUUAUUCUUUUUGUAACAUUCUCAUUUAUGGAAAGAAUUUUAAGUUAUUUGCUUA